GCGACCGGUCGCCGCCGCCGCCGCCGCGGCCACCACUUUGGGAGCUUUGCCGUCGGGUGCGGCCGGGCCAGGAUGCCCGCCGACUUGAUGGAGAAGAGCUCCUCGUCGCCCGUGGCCGCCACCCCGGCUAGCGUGCACGCCACCCCGGACAAGCCCCGCACGGCGUCCGACCACCGCAAGGUAAAGGCCGCGCCGUCGAGGGGCGGGAGCGGGGGCGGCGGGCUGGCUGGCUGGCUGGCGGGCUCCCGGCUCACGCGUGCCUUUCCUCGGGGCUUCUUGCAGUCCUCCAAGCCCAUCAUGGAGAAGCGGCGGCGAGCGCGCAUCAACGAGAGCCUGGGGCAGCUGAAGACCCUCAUCCUCGACGCCCUCAAGAAAGACAGCUCCCGGCACUCAAAACUGGAGAAGGCAGACAUAUUAGAAAUGACAGUCAAGCAUUUGCGGAACCUGCAACGCGCCCAGAUGACGGCUGCACUGAACACGGAUCCCACAGUGUUGGGCAAAUACCGGGCUGGUUUCAACGAGUGCAUGAACGAAGUGACCCGCUUCCUCUCCACCUGCGAGGGGGUGAACACGGAGGUGCGCACCCGCCUGCUUGGACACCUGGCCAGCUGCAUGGGCCAGAUCAACACCAUGAACUAUCCUACCCCGCCGCCUGCAGCGCUGCCCCCAGCUCCGGGGGCUCAGCACGGGGCCUCUUUUGGGCAGCCUCUGGUGCAGGUCCCCGCUGGAGCAGCACCCCCUGCGGGAAACGUGGUACCUUGCAAGCUGGGCAACCCGGCCGGGGAAGCCACCAAGGUGUACGGGGGCUUUCAGCUGGUGCCAGCCUCCGACGGGCAGUUUGCCUUCCUCAUCCCCAACACGGCCUUUGCUCCCCACGGCGCCAACGCGGCCCUCCCGCUCUAUGCCAAUGGAGGGGCGGGUUCAGGGCUCCGCCCUGCCAUCGCCAUCUCCCCUGGAUCCGGCGCCCCGUCGCUCCCGGCAGAUUCCAUUUGGAGACCUUGGUGAAAGCGUGGGAGACGCAGCUGCUGGACUCUGGAGAGCAGGGCCCUCUGACGGCUUGUGCGUGGGGCCGCUCUGUGUGGCCAGGCCGACUCUGGGUUCUUUUUCUCCUCUGGAGAGGGGAACUUGAAUGUCUUUGAACCCUCUGGCUGUAAAUAUUAUCUACUGUUCAUAUUGGAUUGUGCCUUCAUUUGUACUA